AGUCUUGUCUAAAAGGGACAGAAAGCACCCUGCUGUAUUUCUUCAUCGUGGGGCUGGUGUGCUGCUUUGAGCUGCUCAGGAUGCACAAGAUUCUCAAGUGCAGUAGGCUUGUCCUGGCUCUCCUGCUCACCCUUACUCUGGAAUCUUCGGUUCAAGGGUAUCCUACUCGGAGGGCCAGGUACCAGUGGGUACGCUGCAGUCCGGACAGCAAUUCUGCCAACUGCAUUGAUGAAAAGGGCCCAGUGUUUGAUUUGCUGCCUGAUGAAACUAACAGGAUCCUUCCAGCAAGGCCUGACUCUGACUCAAUGACAAGAACCCAGAGAUUGCAUGACGUGUUUCCUCUUUCUGAAGACUAUUCUGGAUCAGGCUCUGGAUCCGGUUCUGGAUCUGGCUCUGGAUCCGGCUCAGGAUCAGGCUCUGGAUCUGGAUCCGGAAGUGGCUUCCCACCUAAUGUGGAAUGGGACUACCCGAUCUUCGAUGAAAAUGAUUUCAAUUAUAACUAUAGGUCUCCCAAGGUAUUCCUGGACUCCCGUCCUGACGGGUUCGAUUAUAUGAUUGAAUAAAAGUGAGGGGUUCCCCACCUCAACACCA